AUGGGCAGUACAAAGCCUGACUGGCCAUGGCGACUCACUGCGACUGGCGAACUGGGCGUCAAACGAGAACCCAUGUUGAGGAAUGAAUUACACCUCAGGUCCGAUCUUGGAAAGCGCCGGCCUCGAAGUUACAUGAUGCCUGAUCACUGGAUAUAUGGCCUUCAAAACCCUAGGUCUUCUGGUACUGUAUGUCAAGCUUUGCGUGGUUGGGAUCUUUCUGACGCUGUACUGGAAGUGAAGGCCCCCGAGGCAAGCGAACGUAAUUUUAUGGCGCUAAAUAAGGCCGCUCUUCAUAGAGGUUUGGUCACCGCCCCUGAACACACCCAUUUCCGGUCAUUGAAUGAUAUUCGCAAGAGUCUGACCAAACAGGUCGUGCCGAGGUGCAGAAAACAGAACAUUCCUGCAAAUGCAACAUUUGGAGUUUUUCCCAGACCGUCUACGCCGAUCAGCGAAGUUUUAGCCAACAGAUAUGGCGACAAAUGGUUACAGACCCAAAAGGAUGAUUUGGUAAAGGAGUUAAAGAAAAGCAGCAAGAUGAAGGUAAGUAAUUUUUUCUUUGAUGAACACACAUACAGAUAG